AUGAAGAAGCAUCAAACUAGACAAAAAACUAUAAAUGACCCAGUUAUCGUGUCACGGGUCAAAAAUUACCUCGCCGAAAACGUGGACAAGACUUAUGUAGAUGUUAGCCAAAUGGCGCGUUCUCUCAAAGAGCGCUAUCGUGAAUACAGCAACAGAGGCGACAAUGCGUUUUGUCAACUGGUUGAAAGUGCCUACAAAGUAGUAUUACAAAGAUACGGUCUAGAGCGUCCGUCUACGUCUGAGGGCUCCGAAGAAGAAUCCGAUUUAGAGUUAUUAGACGAAAACAACAGUGCACUUAAUGACCGUUUAUUAGCUAUGUACAAGAUGCAAGAUAACAAACGGACGUCGGCCACCCGCAGAGCGGCCGACAAAUCUGGCGAACCUAUUGAUAUUCUUAGCAGUGAUGAAGACGGCAACGCGGCACCGAAAAUCCCAAAAAUCAAUGAUCAAAUAACUAUCACACCACACAUACCGUCGCGUAAUGCCAACAAUACGCCCGCAGAAAAUCCACCGAAACACCAACAAAACCAAAAUGUCAGUGAAAAAAAGCGAAAAGUUGAUAUAAAUAAGAGUGCAAUACUAAAGAAAAAGGUUGAAUUUGCGCCAAUUAAAAACGUUAAGGUUAGUUUUGAGGAUAUAGGCGGUAUAUCUGAUAUUAUUACUCAAAUAUGUGAUUUAGUGUUACACAUGAAACAUCCUGAAGUAUAUUCACAGUUAGGAAUAAAAUCUCCUAGAGGUGCUCUAUUACAUGGACCACCAGGUACAGGAAAAACUUUAUUAGCUCAUGCGAUAGCUGGUAAGCUACAAUUGCCACUCAUAGCAGUCACUGGAACAGAAUUAGUUGGUGGAAUGUCAGGUGAAUCUGAAGAGAGAAUCAGAGAGCUUUUUGAGAAAGCAACAUCAGUGGCUCCAUGCAUUUUGUUCAUUGAUGAAAUAGAUGCUGUCUGUGGGAACAGAAUGAAUGCACAGAAAGAUAUGGAAAAAAGAAUGGUUGCUCAACUAUUGGCAAGUUUAGAUAAUUUAUCUGAAAGCAGUGCCUCAGUACUUGUUCUCGCAGCAACAAAUAAUCCAGAUACCUUAGACCCCGCAUUAAGAAGAGCUGGUCGACUUGAACAAGAGAUUACUUUAGGCAUACCAUCAUUAAAAGCUAGGAAAGAAAUACUUUCAAUUCUUUGCAAAAAUUUAGCUUUAAGCAGUGACAUAGAUAUGAAUAAUUUAGCUCAAAUAACACCAGGAUUUGUAGGAGCUGACUUACAAGCUCUUGUAAAUAAAGCAAGUACUUAUGCUGUUAAGAGAAUAUUUUCAGAAAUCCAAGUGCAUAAUAAACAACAGUUAUUGAACAAUAUUGAAGAAGCUAAACCUGAGGAAAUACCUGUCAUUCCAAAUGGAGAUGGAGCGAGUGAAGAGUCAGCAAAAGAACUUAAUGAAGAUCCAGAAAUCACAAAUACAGAACAGCCACCACAAACUGAGCAACCUGAACCCACACAGGAACCUAUUAAUGGCGAUCAACCAAUUAUAAACAAUCACACAAUAGUCCCAGAUGUGAAACCAUUAGAUCCUGUUGAUGAAGUAAUAAGCCUUCUUGAAGAUAAUCUCCCUUACACAUCUGACCAGUUAAAAGGUCUAGCUAUAAGAUAUGAAGACUUCCUAAACGCUUUAAAAACAACAAAACCCUGUGCCGUGAGAGAGGGUAUUGUUACAGUACCUGAUGUUUCUUGGGAAGAUGUGGGCUCAUUGAGUCAAGUUAGAAAGGAUUUACAGUUGGCUGUGUUAGCACCUGUAAAAUAUCCCGAUCAACUAAAGAAACUUGGUCUGUCAGCUCCUAGUGGCGUGUUAUUAUGUGGACCUCCAGGCUGUGGUAAAACUUUGUUAGCAAAAGCCGUUGCCAAUGAGGCUGGUGUCAACUUCAUUUCAGUGAAAGGUCCCGAGUUAUUAAACAUGUAUGUCGGAGAGAGUGAACGCGCAGUUCGAACAUGUUUCCGACGAGCGCGAAAUUCCGCUCCUUGUGUAAUAUUCUUUGACGAAUUUGACGCAUUAUGCCCACGAAGAACCUCUCAAGACAACAACGGAGCAGCAAGAGUAGUUAAUCAAUUGUUGACCGAAAUGGAUGGCAUUGAAAGUCGUGAGGGAGUUUUUGUGUUGGCAGCUACAAACCGACCUGAUAUCAUAGACCCAGCUGUCCUAAGACCCGGAAGGUUAGAUAGGAUCAUGUACGUCGGAAUGCCUGGCACUGAAGACAGGUUUGAUAUACUUCAAAAGAUUACAAAAGGUGGCACGAGGCCACAGUUGGGUCCUGAUGUGUCUUUGAGAAUGGUUGCAGAAUUAACAGAAGGAUAUACUGGUGCAGACUUGUCUGGCCUAGUUCGGGCUGCCGCUACCAAUUCCUUAACAAACCACAUCGCAAAUAAUACUUUAGAGGGAGACAUUUUUGUGUCCUUUGAAGACUUUAGGGCAGCACUUUCCAAGUGUAAGCCUUCAGUGUCGCUUAAAGAAAGUCUGCAUUACCAGAAGCUAAGAUUAAAAUAUGCUGGUGGGGAUGAGAAGGAGAUGGAAAUGGAGACUGAACUAACAAAUGAAGAAUCAAUGGAUACCGUG